AUGGAUGGUGGUGUUGAUUCAAGGGUUGGAGUUCUUCUUUGGCCACAUUGGGUUGGACUCUACAAGCAGUGGAUCGCGGAAGUAAAUCAUAUCGGGCCGGGUUGUGCCCUUCCUAAACGGGUCGGACUUAAAACACACCAUCCAAGCUUUGCAGAUAUCGGAACAGAGACCGGAAGCUCCCAAUUCAAAUUGAAUUCGGAGUUGCUGCGUUUGUUUGACGUCACGAGGAGGGCCGCCGCCGUUGCUUCUGCAUUCAACAACGUCUCCCGGUGUGAUCCUGAGGUUUUCCGAUGUAUCGAUGCCCUGAAAGAGCUCAAAGACUUCCCGGCGACACCCACUGUUGUUGACUCCAUUCAGCUUACCAGGAAACUCUUCCCUCUUACCAAGCAUCCCAACAUCAAGAUUCGCACAGCAGCCUCUGACGUUGUUCAGGUAUGGAAUGACAGAAUCUCUGCCAUUAAGGAAUUGGAGAAAAGUCUCUCUGAUCAUCAUCAAGACACCAGAGAGACCAAGACUAUCGUCAGAGGAAGCCUCGUCAUCCGUCUCAAGCUUCCUCGAAAGCCAACUGCGGCGACGAGCGAUGCUGCAACGAUGUUUCCGGCUCAUGAGAAGGUAUCCCUCAUCAGUCCCUGCAAUAACGAUAUCUCACGUCUCAAGCUUCCUCGAAAGCCAACUACGGCGAAGAGCGAGGCUGCAACGAUGUUUCCGGCUCAUAAGAAGGUAUCGCUCACCAGUCCUGGCAAUACCGAUAUCUCACGGGACAAAGUGAGAGAACUUGUAAAGGAUUCUCUCGACAAAGCUGUUGCUGAGGCUGGUGGAGCGACUGAAAUCGACCCAAGAAAUUUGGCAACAAUGAUCGAGUCGGUGAUGUUCAAGUCAAUGGGUUCCUUCAAUGGCCCAAACAAACUCAAGUACAGAUCCAUCUUGUUCAAUUUGAAGGAUCCCAAGAAUCCUGAUUUCAGGAGGAAGGUUCUUCGUGGAAAGGUCACACCAGAGGCCUUCGUGAGCAUGACCACGGAGGAGAUGGCAAGUCAUCAAAGGCGCAAAGAGAACCAACAGAUUAGGAAGAAAGCUCUCUCAAAGAAACACAUUGAAGUUGAAUAUCAAGAACCACAAGAGAUGGAUCCCUGA